AUGGUUGACUACCCAUACAGCUUCAAGAAUCAGACCACUUGCAGGAAGCCGACACAAUACUUUAGUGCCAUAAGACUCUUGGACUACUGCAUACUAAGCAGCCAGAUAAGGUGCCACUCAAAUGCUGUGAUGGGCCUCCGCGUCAGGUACUCGUGUGUCCCGGGUGCUUCUGAUUUGGCCCUGCGACUGAAGCCCCGUCCAAAUGUCCUUGGUUGGCCAAUCCACGGUCGCAAUGGCUGUCUCUUAGACCGGGCAUGCAUCAUCCCGCCCAAGGCACCAACUGCCAGACCCGAUCUUUUCUGGCCAGUCAUUGUCACCGCUUCGAGUGUUUGGAUGGGUCCUCCCGAUCUUUCGGUGUAUAUCCCAAUGGCCUGUACUCCGUCCACGCAGGAGGUGGCCAUUGCAGCCCGGGGUGGCCAUCAUCACAAGGGUUAUUGCGCAGUAGCGUGUUCAGGGGCAACCCCGACAGGCGCGAAAGAUAACUAA